UUAUAGCGGGACUGCGGCAGUCAUUCUGACACUGGGGGAAACUGACUUGGUGUCACUGACAUCCCCAGUGACACCAAUACAGUGAUCAGUGCUAAUAAAAAGCACUGACACUGUACUAAUGGCACUGGGCAGGAAGGGGUUAACAUGAGGGGCAAUCAAAGGGUUAACUGUGUGCUGUUUCACUAUGUGUGCUGUGUGUGUGUGCUUCACUGUAAGCACUCUGCUUUGUAUGGCUGUGCUAUGCAGAGCCAUACAAAGCAGUGUGCAGGAGCUGACAUGGGAGAGAUCUGUGUUGUUUAUAAACAGGUCUCUCCCCCGUCGGAGAUACUUGGCGAUCACCAGGUG